AUGAAUUCUGUAUAUAAUUACGAUAAUAAUUUCAUAAAUUUUGAAUCCACAAGUAUUGGAGAGUCUGAAUUGUUUUAUAAGGCAAUGUUUAAGGAAUAUAAUAAAUUUACGAUUUUAAAACCUGUCAUUAUAUCUCAGCAAUUUCCUUUAGAAAAAUUCAUUGAAGAACUUAAUCGACAUCAAAAGAUUAAAUCUCAUAAUAAUAUUUUAAAAAUUUAUGGAUUGACCAAACCAGUCUCUAUUGUAAAUGGAAAAAGAGAACUCGAAAUUAUUGGAACUCCUUUAGAGUAUUCCUCAAUGUAUAAAGUUGUUGAAUGUCUAAAUGAACUAGAGAUGGAAAGCAUGUCUGAAACAACAGAUUCUUAUGUUGAUCUUGAUCUAAAAACAACAGAUUCUUGUGUUGAUAAUGAUCUAGAAACAACAUAUUCUUGUGUUGGUAUUGAUAUAGGAACAUCAUAUUCUUGUGUGGGUACUUGGAAAGAUGAACAUAUUCAAAUUAUUACAAAUGAUAGGGGCAAUCGCAUCACGCCAUCAUACAUAGCAUUCACCGAUCAUGGACGUUUAAUUGGUGAUUCAGCCAAAAGUCAAAUCUCAAGGAACCCUUACAAUACUAUUUAUAAUUUUAAAAGGAUCGUUGGUCAUGAUUUUCAUGAACCCGCAGUUCAGAAUAGUUUAAAACAUUGGCCAUUUAAAGUCGUUGAUAAGAAUGAUAGUCCUCAUAUUCAAAUUAACGAAAUGGGAGUCACUAAAUAUUUUACGCCAGAAGAAAUCUAUUUAAUGAUGUUAAUAAAGAUGAAACAAUUUGUUAGUUCACAAGUUGACAAAGUCGUUGUUGCAAUUCCAACCUGCUAUAAUCUAGCACAAUAUAGAGCCAUUGUAAAUGCUGGUUAUGCGGCAGGCUUGAAUACAAUUGCGAUUAAUGACACAUCAGCUUCAGCAAUCGCCUAUUGGAUGUCUCAUAAAUUAGAACACGACCAUAAUGUGUUGAUUGUUGAUCUUGGUAGUGGCAAUCUUAGCGUAUCUCUUAUCACCUUAGAAAUGGGUAUUAUUGAAGUGAAGGCCGUUGCUUGGAACUCCUAUCUUGGCGGCGAAGAUUUUGAUAAUAGAAUUGUCGAUCAUUAUGUUAAAGAAUUUAAACUCAAAUUUAAAAAGGAUCUUACUUCAAAUGCUCGUUCAAUGAGUCGCCUUCGAGCAGCCUGUGAACGUGCAAAGUGUACACUUUCUGUAUCGACCCAAGCAAAUAUUGAAGUCGAUUCCCUUUUUAAUGACAUCGACUUUUAUACUGUUUUGACUCGUUCUCGAUUUGAAGAGUUAAAUAAGGAUUUAUUUCAUUCCAUUCUCGAGCCAAUUGAAAAAGUAUUUAUAGACGCCAAUAUAGAUAAAACUCAAGUUCAUGAGAUUAUUUUGGCUGGUGGUUCCACUCGCAUUCCUAUGGUUCAAAAAAUUAUUUCAGAUUCUUUCAAUGGCAAAAAACUGAAUAAAUCUAUUAAUCCCGAUGAAGCCAUUGCUUUCGGUGCUUCCGUAUACGCUGCUAUGAUAUUUGAUGACGUAAAAGAAAAAUACCAAAACUUAUUAUUACUUGAUGUUAUUUCUUUAUCACUUGGUAUUGAAAGUGAUAACGGAAUCAUGAUUCCAAUUGUAAAAAGAAAUUCCACAAUUCCUAUUAAAAAGACUGAAAUCAUUUCUACAUGUUACAAUUCCCAACCUGGUUUAUUUAUCAAAGUAUAUGAAGGAGAACAAGACCUUACAAAAGAUAACAACUUUCUUGGUAAAUUUGUUUUUAACAAUAUCCCUCCAGCUCCUCGAGGAUCGCCACAAAUUGAAAUUACUUUUGACAUUGAUAUUCGUAAAAAUUUAACUAUAUUUGUUGUUGAUAAAACUACCAAAUUAUCUAAAAAAAUUAUUAUCAACGAUGGAGAAAAUAAUAAAGAACAAAUUUUAUUCGAAGAAACCAAAGGAUGGC